CAUUUACUCCAUAGAAUAGGUUUAGCUUAAGAAUCUAGGGAAACGGGGGAAAAGUAUUACAGAAAUGUAUACAGUUUAAAGGAAAUUUUAUUGAAGAAAACAGAGAUUCAGAAAACAAAAAAGAAUCAUAGUUGUUAGGUAGUAUUUUCCAUGGAUAACUUGGCAUUUAAUAAAGGGCAACAUGUGAAGAAGGCAAAGAAGAAGCAGGUAAAAGAUGAGUUCGAUCGUCUGAAACAAGCUGAGAAGAAGAAGAGGCGCUUGGAAAAAGCACUUGCUACUUCUGCAGCCAUCAUUUCUGAGCUGGAGAAAAAGAAACAGAAAAAGAAAGAAGAACAACAAAGACUUGAUGAAGAGGGUGCUGCAAUUGCUGAGGCUGUUGCUCUGCAUGUUCUGCUUGGGGAAGACUCUGAUGAUUCUUGCAAAGUUGUUAAUGAAGGGAGAUGCAAGCCAUGGAAUUGCAAUAGCAGCCUUAACCUCUUCCUUGGUGGAAAAAGAGCUUGCUUUCCUCAUCUCGAUGGUGGCGCAUGGUCUGUGGAAAGAAUGGGGAUGGUCUCUGGUGGAUGCAGCUAUGGCUGUGAGUGGGGUGGUGUGGAGAAUGGUGAUUGGUAUUUAUCAUUAGGACCUUUCGAAAAGAAUGUGCACAAUGAACUAAUGCACGAGGAAGCAGGGUGGGGGCCUGAUAGGUUUUCUGCUGGCCUCGUUGCAGCUCAAGCAGUUUCAUCACUUCAGAUUGCGGAGGAUGCAGAUGCAGAAAGGCUUCUUUCUUAAGCGAAUGCUAAGAUGAUAUGUUGUUUGUGUGUCGUUUUGGUGACUCGAGUUUUCAUUAUAUCACUGGAGAAUGACAUCUUUGUGUGUAUAUAUAUUAUUAUGAGUCUUGUCCUUGUCAAACAUCUUCUGUUUGAGCAUAUUAGGAGGGCGUCUCCUUGUUUUAUGUUGAUUGUCUUGAACUGCACAUGAAGAUGCUAAUGCACUCUCUUAUGUAGACUCUGGCUAAUAGUUUUCAGACUGAUUCUGCGCAAUAUAACAGCGUCUGUGGUCCCGCGUUAUAGGGUCAAUUUCUAUUA